UAACUCAUUCUCAGCAUAGCCCAAACUAAAUCAAAACAAAUUCUUCAUAACACAAUUCUUCAGUCUUAUCACCAACCUUGGUCUAACUAGGCAAAGUUCCAAAGGCUUUUCUUGGCAAAAGUUCAAAAGCAGAAGACGCUGACAAGAAAUAAAUGCAGCAAGACAAGGAGCAAGGCUAUCAAUGUUGUUUUCCGGCAAAGAGCCCAAAUGCCGUUGCUGGUCUUUUAAGCCUUAUGGGAGGGGCCAAUCAUCUCUUGGCCCUACUCCUGAGUCAUCCUCUUUGCUUUAGCUGCUCUUGCCUUUUGGCAGCUCUUCUCAUGCGUAGACUAGGAACAGGCUCCUCCUGUUCCUCUGCCUCACUACUGUCAGCCUCUGGAGGCUCCAGAGUCUGCACAUCACUCCCAUCUCUGCCUCCCAUGCAGAGCCGUCAUCCGGGCCUUCCCCAGCCUCCAGGACUAACCCUAACCCUCAGCCUCAUUGCUGUCUGACUCCGUUGCCAGCUCCGCAGGUUGCUGAUGGAUCACAACACUGUUAAAGAUUACAGCGUAUUGAUGGAAACAUGUUUCAGAAUACCAGAACCAGAAUAUUUUGACAAAGUUAAGGAUUAUUUUAUUAGAUUUAUAUAUUGCUUUUAUUUAGUAGUUCAACAAUGUAUACAUAGCUCUUUCUUCAUUACUUUCCCCCAGUGGUGAAAUUCAAUUUUUUUUACUACCGGUUCUAUGGGAGUGGCUUGGUGGGCAUGGCAGGGGAAGGAUACUGCAAAAUCUCCAUUCCCACUCCGCUCCUGGGGGAAGGAUACUGCAAAAUCUCCAUUCACAUCCCACUCUGGGGCCAGACGGAGGUGGCAUUUUCCAGUUCUCCGAACUACUCAAAAUUUCCGCUAUCGGUUCUCUAGAACCUGUCAGAACCUGCUGGAUUUCGCCACUGCUCUCCCCCACCCCCCACAACACUCCAGUGACAUAGAUUGUGCUAAAAGAACAACUGGCCCAGUGAGCUUCCAUGGCUGAGUGAGAACGGGAACUUGAUUUCCUCCAUUCAUAGCCCAAACCCUUAUCCUUAUGACAAACACCAUGUUUACAAAUGGGGAGGGAAGAGCAUGGAGAUUAAAUAUUUUGGGUCUCUUCUCAAGAAGUUACAGGUGCUUGCCCAAGAGAUUAUUUAUUUAGUUUCCUUAAGGCAAAAACAGCUGUUUCACGUUUGUAUAUACUCAAAUGUUUGCCCACGACCACACACACACACACAAAUUAAUGGGCUAUGAAUGAUGGGGGCUUGAUCAAAAGGAUGGAGCGGUCAAGUAGUAAAAAUAUUUCAAUCAUCUGCUAGAAAGGGAGAUUCAAAAAGCAAGAAGGUAGAAACAACGUAAGCUAUACAAACUUCACUUUUUUUUGUAUAUGCACUGAUGUCACAUACAGACCUCUGUAAAAAGGGCAGGGCUUGCAUUGUGACUAGAAUUCCAUCAUCUCUUUUGGUGAACAUCUUUGCUCUGCCUGGGUUCACAUGAUUUACUAGCUCAUGAUUGACAACCUUAGUUUCCUGAGUUAACAUGGAAUUACAUGAUUUAAUGGCGCAUAAGUUAACUUUAUUAAAACUUCCACAGUAUUUUGAGCUACAAGUUAAUAAACACAUCCAAGUUUUAAAACGUUCUGUGAUUUCUGUCUUUGCAUUUAUUUGCCUACACUGAGUAAAUUGGCAAAAUAUAUUUAACUGAUAAUUUUUAGCUGCAAUGCAUUGUGCAAAUGCACAAACUGAACGUAUACCCAAAUGAGGACCAUUCUAGCAGCACCGCAUCUUAAGUAAAUCAUCAAUUAAGACAUUUCCCAGUGAAGCCUUGUUCUAGAAACAUCUUCAAUUCCAGUUUAUAUUUCAAAAUCAGGUAUGUGGACAGGUGUAGAGCAAUACAAGGCACUCAUUAUAAAGUUGGCUGCUAAGGCCCAUGCAACAGUAUGCCAUACACUUUCCAAAAUUGCUUGGCUGCCAUACCCAUCAUUUCCUGUCUGAACCAGUUAUACUGUUGUAGUAAAGUUACCAGUGCUCUCCUGGCACAAAGGCUCGUGGGAAUACCAGAGAGGACAAAAUAUUUAGAAACACUAUUUUCCCAAACUAUGAAACCUUGCUCUGGUUAACAGGGGUGUGUGUUGCCCCCUCCAAUAAAGAGCAGCUUUACGGGAAUUACGGGUUAUGUGGCUCAAGAAUUCUAUGCAGAUGAAGUCCACAUUCCACACCAAGAAUAUUGGUUCCUCAGAGAAUACAACAGAGAACCCCGACAAGGAGAAAGAACAAUAGCUGGGAAUUAUUUUCACACGAGUAAACACGCGAUGCAAAGUUGCAAAUCGAUCAGAAACGCCCAGCGCCCUUGACUCCCAAUAAAACAUUCGAAGCGGCGUCACAAUGCCCUCUUUUUCCCCUCGUUUCGAGCCCCCUCCGCAAGCUGGCGUUGCAUGCCGGGAGUCGUAGUUUUCCCUAAAAUUAGACGUGCGUGAGGAGAGCAGAACCGGGUCUUCUCCGCCGACUGAACUGCAGGGACCGGUGGAGCUUUCCUUUGACUCCUCCGUUUUUCCGUAGGUGCUCGGGAGAAGGCGAAAGCCCGGGCUAUGAUAUCGAAACUGCCGCGACUUUUUUUCCGGACUCUCCGCUCCGUUCGCUUCGCCGCGGGGUCAGCUGGGUCCUCUAGUCCCCAGAUCCCCUGGGCGCCCCCAGAGGUGGGACGGAGAUCUCUGUUCUCCGGCGCCGUUAUGGCUGCGCAGGGAUCCUCCCCUCUUCGGGCGGAUUCCCAAAGGCUGGAAGCGGAGGAGAAGGAGGAGGAGGAAGAAGCUGGGCGAGGAGGAAUGGGAGGAAAAGUUCAGCCUCCAACUGCGAGCAAGCAGUUGUCCCAACAGAUCGAUGGAAAACAAACUGUGGAGUGCAAGAAAAAAGAACAGAAAAAGCGAAGGAAGAAAUCACACAGCUCUAACAAUUCGAUUGAUAACUUGAUGGCGGAAAUGCCAUUUGCUGAAGCAGAUAUUGAACUUGAAUUUAGCACCUCGAGCAAAUCUAAACCAUCUGUUAAAAAGAAGAGAAAGAGAAUAGCAGGAAAGGGGAAUGAAGAAGACAGUACAAUAACGAAGAAAAAGAAAAACCAAGACAGACCCAAUUAUUUCAUUUCUGUUCCAAUCACAAAUCCAAAGAUUAUAGAUGGCAUUCAGACUCUUCAGAACACAAUCAUAGAAAAAGAUAAUAGGCUCUCCAAAGCAAUGAUUCAUUAUGGCUCUUUCCAUGUCACCCUCUUAGUGAUGCAUCUGUCCAAUGAAGAAGCAAUUAGCAAUGGUGUUGGUGCUUUCUUGGAGAGUGGAGGUUUAAUUGAAGAAUUACUGCAAGGAAAGCCUUUGAAUUUAUCUUUUCAAGGUACUGAUCACUUCAGAAAUCAAAUUGGAUUUGUAAAGUUGACUGAGGGUGAUAACACAACCACGCUUUUAAAGAUAGCAGAAAUUGUGAAGAAGAUGUUUCAAGAAAAAGGUAUCGUCAUAGAUGACAAAAUUUUAAAGCCUCACUUGACCUUCAUGAAGUUGUCAAAAUCCCCAAAACUACAAAAGCAGGGAGUGAAGAGAAUUGAUUCAAGCAUGUUUGCAAAUUUCAAAAAUCAUCAUUUUGGAGAUGAACUUAUGAGCCGUCUAGAUCUUUGCUCAAUGUUGAAAAAAAAGCAACCCAAUGGCUACUAUCAUUGUGAAUCCUCGAUUGUAGUGGGGAAGAGCCCUGAAACAGCUCUAGUAAAGGAAGCUUUGCAUAGAGAAUUGUUGCCCCUGUUGGCCAAAGUGAAUCAGAUAAGAGAACUCUUAUCCAGACCAUCAAUUCGGAUGAAAAUAUACAAGGAACUGCUUGAACAAGGACAGCUUAGUUGACAGCAUCUCGGAAAAUGUCACUGAUCCAACUUUUUUAGUGUCUUAAUUUUUAACUGCAAAUUAUAUGGAUUAAUUUUUUACAAAGAUUACUUACAUACCUGGUUUGUAUUGCUUCUUUUUUAGAGGAAGAUACGUACCUGUAUAGUUGAAAGUAAUAGGGAAAAAUACCGUAUUUCCCUGAAAAUAAGGCCCAACCAUAAAAUAAGCCCUAGUAUGAUUUUGCAGGAUGCUCAUAAUAUAAGCCUUACCCCCAAAAUAAGCCCCAGUUAAGUUCAUCAGGAUGCUUUUAAUACCGUAUUUUCGCCAAAAAAACAAGCCCUAAUAGGGCUUUUGAAGCAAAAAUUAAUAUAAGACCAGGUCUUAUUUUUGGAGAAACACUGGUAGGUUAUAUAAUUAAUAAGGAUUAUUUUCUAAGAUCUAUUUGGUGAAGAGUGAGGAAAUCUGACUGAGUCAGAAGAAGCCAAGUCUAUUGUACUGUAAGAAGGUACAUAAAGGACUCUAAUGCUACCAAUAAUUAUCAGUACAUGGAAAUACAGUAAAAUGCUGUAGUACUGAUUGAGAGACGUCAUGAUUUGUGAUAUGACUAAUUUCAUCCUAUGCAUUUUAUUACUGGCAUGGGGAAAGUCGGUGUAUAAAACUUAGAUGCAGACUUUCAUUGCUUAGAGUGUAUCAUUUAGUACAAACCAAAAACUGAGUUAAGGACAGGUACCGUUGUAGUGGACUUGCAUGCACUGUCUCACAUAUGAAUUAUAUCAUCUCAUUACCUUUUUUUCCUCUUACUCACCAUUUACCAUAUUGACCAGACCAUGUCCUCUCUUAGCCCAUGUUUAUUCUGUAAUAGAUAAUACAGUGGAUUAUUUCUAUGACUGUAAACUUUAUAACAAGGUUCUGUUAGGUGGCUUUAAACUGUACCACUUAAGAGAACAUUUUGUAUUAUCCUCCUGUCUUUUAUCUAUUUAUGGUGAUAACUUUGGUUUUGAAUUGCUUACUUUUUUAACACACCAGAAUUUUAAAUCUUAUGUACAGAUUCUGACAUACAAUUUUUGCUAUUGUUUACAUGCAAAACAAGACGGUUUAAAAUGUUUUAAUAUUAAUUGUAAAAUUGCAGCAGGUCAUUUAUUUCAUCACUUGUUACGAGUAUAUUAAUUUUAAAAACGGGGAAAAAAUUCAAUAGCUUUUGUGAAUAUAAUUUCUGGAAUUUGAAAAGGGCUAAAAGUGUGGGUGGAUGGAACGGUAAGACACAUCACAUUAAUGUUUAUACAAAGUGUGUUUUCUGAAUGCAGGCUUGUAUUUCCAGUAGAUACAUAAACAUGUGGUAUGUGA